CGGACCAGUGCGCCGCGUGCCCGCGACCUGUCCGCACACAUUAUACUAUCCACACGAGCAUGCGCGGCCAACUGUCAACUCACGUGUUACUUUAUAGUGGUUGGUGUUAUUGAAGCCAGUUUACGCGAUUUUAUAGAACAAAUCGCGUGUAACUUGGCGGUUCCCAGUGAUGGUGCGUGACAACCGUUGUCUUUAACUCCUGAGUAAAGACGGCGCGCUUGUAUUAUAGCCACUUUAAAAAUGUUUUUAUACUGAUGUCGUAACAAACAAAUGAUGUGGUGUUUUAUCGUCUGAGGCUCGCUCAUGAGAUGACAUUUGCGAACCGCCGCCGGCGACGUCUCAAAGAUGAAGUUGUUUAAGAGGAGCUUGUCGUUCAGCCGAGAUAAACAAAAACGGGUUUCACCCACAGACGAUCCCUUUGAGAAUGAGGACCGACCAAGAUUUACGGAUACCAGUUGGCAAAUUCAUCAAAGUUGGAUCCGAAAUGGCGAACCGCUUCCACUACCACAGCCAACCACACGAACGCACCUUGAGCCGCUCAGCGCUUCAGACGCUACUACAAAUGAACCAAACGUUGAUCGAAAUGGAAUUUACGACACUAUCAGAUCACGAGCAGUUAGUGCACCUGCUACUCCUGCUGGCUUCACAAGAGAACAGAGUGGACCACGAUCAGUGAGUUACUCCGGAAGCGCUGCGGGCACCUCCCGACUAGACUUGUGCUAUGUGGCCGAACGGAUGCUGGCUUUACAUCUACCUGAACGCGAUGCACAAUCAGAAAAGCAAGCAGCGCACAUGCUAAACAACAAACAUGGUGAACAUUUUAUGGUGUUCGAGGUGAGCAGUGGCGAUGGCAGUAGCGACAGUCGAGCACGUAACGUGUUCGGGAGGGCGAAACUGCUGGGAUGGGUGGGAAACCUGGCACCACCGCUCGAGAAACUUUGUGCAGCCUGCAAACACAUUGAGAGCUGGCUCGCAGCGCAUCCAAAGAAUGUAGCUGUAUUAUUAGCCUGGGGCAAUCGAGAGGGCCUCGGUGUUUUAGUGGCAGCGUACAUGCACUAUUCUGCGAUAUGUGGAGCUCCAGAACAUGCGUUAGAUCGGUAUGCUAUGAGGAGGUACCUUGACGAUCGAGUGCCGGUCUUCGGUUUACCAUCGAACAAACGGUAUAUAGAUACAUUCGCGGGGUUGUUGGCGGGCCAGAUUCGCGUGAACGCCGCUCCGCUGCACUUGACUCACGUGAGCGUCGCCGGCUCCCUGGCAUCACCAGCCGCUCCUACUAUAGCAUUCCUUAAAAUCUAUGAGAACUUCGUCUGCGUGUACACAUCAGGUUUAUAUAUGGUGAGCGGGGGCGGUUGGACGGUGGGUGUGGGACGACUGGCGCUUCGUGGCGACGUGCUAGUUCGCGCGUACCGGAGACCUGCGCACGCGCGCUCUCCGCCGCGAAUGCUCGCGUUCGCGUGCCAGUUCCAUACCUGCGCUGUUGCUGACCACACAUUAUCUUUCACCAAGCAACAACUCGACCAUGCCACCCAUGAUCCAUUAUUUCCGAAUGAUGGGGCUGUGGAACUAGUAUUUGCUCGAGGCGAGGGGACAGGCGGAGCGGCGCCCGCGCCGACCCCCGCUGCACCACUGCGAGCUGCCCCCGAUGCGCUUGCAAGAGCCGACUCACUCGAACACUUGAGGCCGCUCUCGACGCUAACUGAUGACGACAAUGGCGAGAAUAACGGCAGUGCCGAGGGUUCGGGUUCGAGCGGUGAGACAGGCGACGGAAGCGAAGCUGCCCAUACAUUUGGACCUCUCGACGGGUCCAUAUACGCGACGGUGGUGCGCGCCGGCGGCGGCGGGCCAGCCUCACCGCUCAGCGCCUCGAUGGACUCCGGCAUAUCGUCGGCGGGGCGCCGCGCCGCCCCCAGCCCGCCAGAUGAGCUCGACACGCUGCUCGGUGACAUGCUGCGAACGGUGAGCGCGCUGCCCGACCCGCCGCCCGCGACCGCCGGCUCGCAGUCGCACGCCGACCGAGCCCCAGAUAUACCGUACCACGCGCGCGCAGACUCCGCACCCUUCACAUACGGAGCACCCGGCUUGCGACCAGGCAUGCUUCGCGCAUCUAAUCGUCUUGCCAGCCCUGAGUUAGUGAGGCGAGCCCUCGGUAAUGACCGAAACUACAGGCAUAUAGAAGAUGAUGAUGAUGAACGAACAGUCACUCCUGAACCGCCGUCACCACGCACUCCAUUGUCGCCUCGCACUUUCCGGAAGCUGACACACGAGGAUGUUACCACAACCACUACUGCAACCCCGCCACCAGUUUCUCCACAAUCUAACGGCAGAUGGUUGAACGGCGAAGCAGACUGGAAAGAGCGAUCUGCAACUAGUAUACGAAAGACACCAGAUAAUACGAAUUGGCGAACAGCAAGUACAUUAGAUUGGCGUGAAAAUUCUCGUCUAAGAGAACCUCGAAGAUCAGAAAGUGGUGUGGAAAGUACUGGCCUAACUUGGCUACAAAGACAACAACAGAAACUUCGAGAACGAAAAGAAGCCAGGGAAAGAGUCGCCCGACUACCACUUGAGUGGAAUGGUCCCCAUAAUGUUCGUCGUUCGGCCAGUCAUCGAGUUGACGGUUAUACAAGUGACACGACAGCAUUCGCGGACGAUGACGACGAUUUUAGCGUACCUUUACAUGUUAACACGAUACGUACAAGUCAUCGAACAGAUAGCAUCAGUCCACAGGCACCUGACAGAACCUCUUCUAAGAAGUUUAUGUAUGAAAAGACGACGUUGCGUGAAUGGAGUACGAACUCUACACCAAGAAGUACUCCGGUGCCCGGAUUGUUAUCUUUAGCGGAGCCCCUUAACAAUGAUACUCUCAUCCGAGAGCGGUCGGAGAGCUGGUCACGCGCUGAGUCCCGCGCGGGCACGCCCGCGUUUCCGACACAUCCGCGCACGCCUUACCCGCCGACUCCCACGCCCUCGAUCAGCGCGCGCCCUCCGCGGUCGCCGCCAGUCACAAGAAAAGAGCGCGAUGGCAGCCCAGAGGUGGAGUACCGCAUAUACAACGGCAGUCUCGGCUCGCGGCGGUCGAGUCUCGGCGGCAGCGCAGAACCGCAGCACGUGGCGCCUGACAGAGUGCGCUUCGCCAGAGACACCAGCCACUACUGGUACAAACCAAACAUAUCCAGGGACGAUGCCAUAUCUGCUCUUCUACCAUUGGAGGAAGGCUCAUUUAUCGUUAGGGACUCAAAUUCAUUCCCGGGAGCUUUUGGUCUGGCGGUUCGCGCGGGCGGUGUUGGCGGUGUGAGGCAUUUCCUCAUUGAACCGACAGCGAAAGGGGUACGAUUGCGAGGCUGUCCAGAUGAGCCAGUAUUCAGCUCGCUUUCUGCUCUCGUAUAUCAGCACACAGUCACACCACUAGCACUGCCCGUGCCGCUAAGCUUACCUGACAGGGAUCCAUGGACAGGUGGCACCGCUAAUGCUGCUGCGCGGGCCCUGCUAGCUACAGGCGCUGCUUGUCAAGUCCUUCUGCUUGGUUCAGAGAAUACUGAGGCGCUCACAGGACCCGCAGCGGUGACGAGGGCAGUACAAAAUUUAUUGCAGAAAAAGUCACCUGCGUACGUAGUUAACUUCAAAGUGUUCGGUGGCGGCAUCACGCUAACGGAUUCAGCCCGUAAACUGUUCUUCAGGCGUCACUACCCCGCCUCCGGUGUGUCCUACGCUGGUUUGGAUCCAGAGGGAAGACGAUUUACCUAUGUGGAUAAUGGGAAGCAAGGUUUAAAGAAUAUCUUCGCAUUCGUGGCGCGUGUAUCAUCUGGAGCCGAUAAUCAAUGUCAUGUUUUUGCUGAAUUGGAAACGGAGCAACCGGCGACUGCCAUCGUCAAUUUUGUAAAUAAGGCUCUACUUGGAAACACACAAAAGAAGGAUAUAAUAUAAUUCCACGUGCUUGAAUCUAUUUUACCAAUAAUACAGUACAAUAAUAAAAAAUUAUGAUAUAUUUAUACACUUUAUUUAAUACUCAUAAAUGUGUUAAACACUUGAAAUUUAAUUUAUCUUCGAUAAAAAUAAAAGGUCAGGAAUUGCUUAAUCAAUUUAAAAGUAUUUUUUUACUAAAAUAUUUUUGUUAAACUACUUCUAUGUAUAAAUAUUAGUUUGUGAAUACCAUCUUCUUGUAUACUUUUUUACAUUGAACUUGGUCAUUAUGAACAUAUAAUUUUGUAGAUAUUUUAUUCAAAGAUUUCCCUACCAAUACGCUUCAAUAUCACCAAGUACAAUUAACCAUCGGUGUGUAAGGUAAAUAUAGAUAUUGUAAUAAUAUAAAAUAUAAUAUCUAGUAUAAGGAAAGAACUAACUAGUCUCAUAUUAAUUUAAUGUAGAAUAGUGAAAUCAUGCGUGCCUAAUGUUUUAUAAGGUGACUGACACCAGUUAAUUACCGUAUUUUUUUUUGCCAGUGUCACCAUAUAGGUGUAAAAUGUUUGGAAGUAGUCACAUAAUAUGUAGGUAUGGUAUAAAUUGCCUUGUUAAAAAUAAAAAAAAACAUUAAAUUCAUUAUUUCAAAAUUCAUUGUCGUAUUAAGUAGCAAUACUACCACAGACAUAAGCUUCAUUCAUUCCCAGUGAGUACAACGAAUACAUUAUUGCGAUUUAUUUGAUAUGCUUUCAUUCGAAAGUUACAUAUAAAUAUAUGAAGCUUUUAUAUAUAAUUGAAUAUUGAAACCAUCAAUAUGCAUUUACUAUCGUUUAUAAAAGUAAUAAUUAUAAAAUCUAGUAUCUAGAUAUUUAAUAUUGCAAAUCGUCAUGGCCUUAAUACAACGAUAGAUAAAAUAUUAGAAACAUUAAGCGGGUAAUAUUUGUGUUAAAAAUAUAAAUGAAGUUUAAUGAAUGUAAAAUUUAUUUAGAAUCAGAGAUAUUAAUUAUAUGGUUAAAAUGCAUGAAAAUUGUAUUGUUACUUAUAAUUACAAAUUUCGUUAGGAGAAGUGUAACACGUUUAUUGUAAUUAA